CGAGGGGCUCUGGAGGUGGUACCCCGGGCCUCACCCGGCCGUCACCAUGGCAGCUCAGGCCCCGUGGUGAGGGGUCCGCCCACCCUGCCCCUCGCUCCGAUAGCCUCGCAGCCCCGGGGUUGGGAUCGCUAGAUAACCGCCCCUUUGGGCGACCGAAUGCGGGGCGCCGGGCCGCGCACAGCCCCAGCUCCCAGACCUUUCGGGCCUCGUCAGGCCGGCGAGCGCCCUGUGAGGACUGCCAGGCAAUAAUGAAGGUUCUUUUACUGAAAGAUGCCAAGGAGGAUGAAGAUGGCCAGGAUCCGUACAUCAGGGAAUUAGGAUUAUAUGGACUCGAAGCCACUUUGAUCCCUGUUUUAUCAUUCAACUUUCUGUCUCUCCCCAGUUUCUCAGAGAAGGCUGGGCUGUCUCGCCCGGAGGGGUACGGAGGGCUCAUCUUCACCAGCCCCAGAGCAGUGGAAGCCAUGGAGCUGUGCCUGGAGGGAGGCGAUCAAGCCGAAGUCUGGAAACAGUCUUUGAGAGAAAAAUGGAAUGCUAAGUCGGUGUAUGUGGUUGGACACGCCACUGCUUCUCUAGUGAAUAAAAUUGGCCUGGAUACAGAAGGAGAAAACUGUGGGAAUGGGGAAAAGCUCGCAGAAUAUAUUUGUUCCAGGGAGCCGUCAGCACUGCCUCUGCUGUUUCCCUGUGGAGCCCUCAAAGGAGAGGUCCUGCCGAAGAUGCUCAAGGACAAAGGGAUCCCCAUGGAGAGCAUCACUGUCUAUCAGAAGGUUCCACACCCGGGAAUCCAGGUGAACCUGAGCAGCUACUACUCCAAGCAGGGCGUCCCGGCCAGCAUCGCGUUCUUCAGCCCCUCUGGCCUCACCCACAGUCUCCAGUACAUCCAGGAGCUGUCAGGAAACCACAUCCAGCAGAUCAAGUUUGCAGCCAUCGGCCCCACCACCGCGCGCGCGCUGGCCGCCCAGGGCCUGCCUGUGAGCUGCACUGCGCAGAGCCCCACGCCGCGAGCCCUGGCUGCCGGCAUCAGGAGGGCGCUUCAGCCUGACAGCUGCUGAGCUGGCCUCCCAGGUGGCCUUCCUGAGCCGGCUGCUCCCUGCGGGCCAAGGACAACGGGCUGCUGCCUACCGGGCGGGUGAGGCCUCCACCCUCAAACACCUGCCUCAUGCCUGAGUGGAGCCACCUGGACGCCAGCGACUGGGAUGGGCCCGGGGCUGGCAGUGGGCCCACGCGUGUGCUGUUUCCCUCCACGGAGGCCACUCGGACCCGCCCCCAGCCCCCGCGAGCCGUGCUUCCUCUGGCAGCAGGGAGAAGUUGGAUGACCACACCGGCCAUGUGCUGACGGGGUCCCUGGCUGCGCACUGUUCCCAGGGCGAAGCUGUGUUGCAGGGGUGGGAGGACAGGUGUGCCCACGUUCUGAAACCGACAGUCCUGGUGUGAAGGAUGAGCCGUGCUGUGUGGGGUAGUUUUACUCACCCUGUAGAAAGGACCCCGAAAUCCCUGCUCCGGGAGGUCGCACAGGGAGACUCCUUCAGAGCAGUCAGCCCAGUGCAGGCAGGAGAGCCCGUCCUCCCUCCUCGUCCUGGAGGGCGGGUGUUCGAGCUGCAGCCCAGCAGCCCUGGCUCUGGGGUGCCCUUGGGAAAGGGAGCUUCGGACAAGGCGACCCUGGGCUGCUCACUGCCCUGGGGGAGUCUCAAUGUGGGGAGCACGGACUCUGCUCUGCCUAACCACUGUUAAUCUGAGAUUUUCUGUUAUAAUCAAAUCAGAUCCUGAAUAAUAAAAAAAUCAAGUUGAAUUGGCAAACUAAACCUCAAUAAGGAAAACCUUUG